AUGGUUGCUGAUACAUUAAUUUAUCAUCCUACAUUAAGUAAAUUAAUUAAAUUUUGGGAUUCUACUCCUAAAAGAGAGAAAACUUUUAGAUUAUUAUCAUAUUUAUCAAGAUUUCUUGGUUAUUAUGCUUAUAAAAAAGGUUAUUCUAAAGAAACCAUUGAAUUAUGGAGUAAUUUAAAAGGUCAUUUCACAUUUAUUAGAAAAGCCAUGAGAUUUUUUAAACCAAUUAAUCAUUUACAAUUAGCUUCUAAAGCUUAUGAUAAUAAAUUAAUGGAUCCAAUUUUACAAUUCACUACUAUUAUUAGAAAUUUAGGUUAUGCUGGUUAUUUAACUAUUGAUGCCAUUGUAUUUUUCAAAUUAUUAGGAAUUAUUGAUAAAAAAAAAUAUCCUAAUUUAGGGAAAUAUGCUUCAAGAUUUUGGUUAAUUGGUUUAAUUUCUGGGUUAAUAAAUUCUUUAAGAAUUAUUUAUAGUUUGAAUUCUUAUGAAAAUAAUAUUGAAAAACAAGGUGAAGAAAUUAAUGAAAAGGAAAAACAAGUUGAUAUUAAUGCUAUUAAUCAAAAAUUAUAUCAAGCUAAAAGAAAAUUGAUUUGGGAUUCAUUAGAUACUUUUAUUGCAUUGAAUUCUUUAGAUAUUUUACAUUUCACUGAAGGUGAUGUUGGUUUAGCUGGGGUUAUAACUUCAUUAUUAGGUUUACAAGAUUUAUGGAAAGCUACUUGA